GAUAAAAUAUGUUAUUAAUCAAAGUGUUACUUAACUCGUGUAAAUCUCUAAGUAUUAUCUUUGGCAUUAUCUUAACAAUUAUUGGAUUAUUAUUGGGAUUUUAUGUAUUUCCACUAGUUAUCGAUCAAACCAUAGACGAAUCUGUUAUGUUGAUUAAUGGAUCAGAUGCAUACAAAAGAUGGGAAACUUUACCAAUCCCAUUGCAGUUUAAGGUAUAUUUUUUUAAUGUUACUAAUCCUGACAAAAUUCAACUUGGAGCUAAACCUGAAGUUAAUGAAGUUGGACCAUAUAUUUAUGACCAAUUUAGACAUAAAUAUGAUAUUAUUGAAUAUAAUGGUUCUUUUUCAUAUUAUCAAAACCAAAUAUUUAAAUUUAAUGAAGAAGCAUCAAAGCCAAACAAGGAAGACGAUGUCAUUACCGUUGUCCAUCUACCAUUAAUGAUGGUAAGUACAAUAGCAGAAAAUCGGAUGCCAGUAUUUGUCAAUAAAGUCAUUCCAACAUUAUUUUAUGAACCAAAAAAUGUAUUUAUAGAAACAACACCGAAAGAAUUUUUAUUUGAUGGUAUUCAUAUCGCAUGUAAUAAGAAAAAUGAAGCUGGACAAGGUAUUCUAAAACUUGUUUGUAAAGAAAUAAAAAAAUUUGCACCAAUUCAAUUGGAAGAACUUAGCGAUGGCAGAUUUAAAUUUUCUUUACUUAGCUAUAAAAAUAAUACGAAUGAUGGGCAUUAUAACAUUAGUAAUGGCGUGAAAAACAUUGAUUCAUUGGGUGAAAUUCUAUCUUGGAAUGAUGCUUCAACAUUGAACAUCUGGAAAUUCAAUAGUUCAUGCAAUAACAUUUAUGGGUCCGACACAACGAUUUUUCCACCUCAUCAAUCACCUAAAUCAAAAAUAAAAGUCUUUCAGUCUGACAUAUGCAGGUCAAUAGAUCUUCAUUAUAAAAGUGAAAUUAUAUAUCAUGAUAUCUCGGGUCUGAGAUAUGCAGUAGAGAAUGACAUGCUUAGUUCAAGUGUAAAUCUUUCUUCUAAUGCGUGCUUCUGCUUAAAUAAAACAAAAGGAAUCACUGGCAAAGAUGGUUGUCUUUUAGACGGUGCUAUGGAAUUAUGGAGUUGUCAAAACGUACCAGCUAUAUUGACAUUCCCUCAUUUUUAUUUGGCUAAUGAAGAAUAUAAAAACACAAUCGAUGGUCUUACUCCUAAUGAAUCACUCCAUUUAACUUUUGUUGAUUUGGAACCUUUACAGAAAAGUGGUAUAGUUUUACGAGGAAGUAAAAGAGUACAAUUUAAUAUAUUUUAUCGAAUAAUUAAUGGUAUUGAUAUUACAAAAAAUUUAACCAAUUCCCUUAUGCCUAUUGUUUGGAUUGACGAGGGUGUUGAACUAAAUGACGAGAAUAUUAUUUUAAUAAAGGAUUCUCUUUUCUAUCCCAUAAAAAUCACAAAAGUAGUUUAUUUAACUGUAAUAGCUCUUGGCUUAACGAUUUGUGCAGUUGGUCUAGUUUGGUGUAAGAUAUUCAGAUGUAAAUAAAAAAAUUCGCAUUCGAAUGAAAAAUUACAGACAUAAGAAUUUUCAAAUGACUAU